CUUCCUGGACGGGAUGAGUGAAAUUUCUGAUGUCCCCAGCGAUAUCGCCUCGUAAUUCUCUCACGUGUCACGUUGCGUCGAGCGAGUAUGCAGAAAAUAGAAAGACAAGAAUCGGCGUCGAUAUGCGCACAGAGACGUAAAUGUUACGUGUCGCGCGAGUGACGUAACGAGACAAUAGUACGAAAAAUGGCCGGCAUCUUGUGGGCCGAGGAUGAGAUCGGGCGAAAGUGGGAUCGUUGCUUCACCGAUGCCAUUCUUAAAUUGGGCGGUGGUAUCGCUCUCGGUGGAGUGUUUUCCUUGUUUUUCUUUAAACGAAGGAAGUGGCCCAUAAUAACCGGUGCUGGAUUUGGGUUAGGAAUGGCAUACUCCAAUUGUGAGAAAGAUAUAAACGCAUCGAUAAGGCAACAAAAACCAUUAAGUUGUACACGUGAAGAAAAGAAAUAAUUAUUAGGAGUUAUUGUAAAACUUAAAGUUAAAAUUAUUAUUAAAGUAAAGGUUGCCAUAAA